CACAGAGACAGAGACAGAGACAGAGACAGAGACAUUAUUAUAUGAAUAUGGUGCUUCGGGUGCUGAAAACCCCACGUUAAGGACCCAUCUCUUCAUGGAUUCCUUGCUAGUGCCUCAAUUUUCACCCCUCGCAUCUCAUUGGCUGAGAAACACCAGCCUUAUGGCGUAAUGCGGGCAUAGUUUUUUGUUAUUGAAAGAAUUGUAAGCCAUGGAUGCUUCUUCUUUGGAGGUUCAUCGUGGGGGCAUUAUGGAAGUCAAAGAGUUGGUAUUUGAUUCAUCAAAGUGCAGUAAGUUAAGCUUGGAGCAAAAGAGAGUAGUAGUAUAUGAGUUGUCGAAGUGGUCAGAUGGUGCAGCAGAUAUUCUACAAGCAUGGAGCCGUCAAGAUAUCCUGCAAAUCCUCUGUGCAGAGCUCGGGAAAGAAAGGAAGUAUACGGGCUUAACAAAGUUAAAGAUAAUCGAGCACCUUUUGAAAGUCGUGUCUGAUAAGAAAUCCCUGGUGCAAGGAACUGCAAGUCUCCCUGAAAGACAGCCUUUAUUAGACAACGGUGAAAUGACUCCCAAACGGCAAAGGAAAUCUGAUAACCCGAGUCACUUACUUUCUGCAGCAAAUACUGAUGCAUCUAACAUUGCUGAUGGUGAUUUAAUUAAUACCACUUACUGCAAAAAUUCAGCUUGUAAAGCUAAACUGAAUCGUGAAGAUGUGUUUUGCAAAAGGUGUUCGUGCUGCAUUUGUCGACAGUAUGAUGACAACAAGGACCCAAGCCUGUGGUUAGUUUGCGGCUCAGACCCUCCAUUUCAAGGCAAGUCAUGUGGCAUGUCGUGUCACCUUGAAUGUGCCCUGCGGCACGAAAAAUCUGGGAUCACUAAUAAUAGGCAGGAUAAGGGACUUGAUGGGAACUUUUGUUGUGUAUCUUGUGGAAAGGUGAAUGAUUUGCUCGGCUCAUGGAGAAAGCAACUAACAGUGGCUAGUAAUACGAGGCGUGUGGAUAUAUUGUGCUAUAGACUCUCCUUAAGCCGAAAGAUUCUUGCUGGAACUAAGCAUUACAAAAAUCUAUAUGGAAUCAUUGAUGAAGCAGUGAAAAAGCUUGAAGAGGAUGUCGGUCCUUUAACUGGUUUACCUGUGAAGACAGCAAGAGGAAUUGUAAACAGGCUUUCAUCAGGACCAGAAGUUCAGAGAUUAUGUGCUUCUUCAGUAGAUUCUCUCAACUCAAUAAUUUCUAACAGGGAGUCCGAUAUACCUUCUGUUUUCUAGGUACCACUAUGCUUGCUGCAAAACUUGUCAGAUUUGAAGAUAACAACAUUAGAGAGAGAGAAAUGCAUCAAGCCCAGUUCCA